AUGGACAUGGCAAAAUUGAUGCACGAAGUCUUUUCCACGCACGCUGAAAGGGUGACCAUCCUGUCACCCUUGGUGUUGUCUGCUGGCGCCGAGUUGAUGAACCACAUGGACGAAGACAGGACCGCUUUGGCCAUCCUCUCUUCCCCACCACUGCUGGUUACCGAAAGCAGCUGCCACCGCCGCCGUCCCCUGCCAAGAGCUGGCCCAUCUCAGCCAAAGGGUGUUCCUCGCGCCAAUGAUGCUGAAGAUCGGCCGGCGCAAUCCAAGCGUCAACGGCAGAAGUCUAAGGUCAUCAUCACUGGUGAUGAUGACCUUGAGCUAGACGAGGUGGUUCCAACGGUGCCGGUUCGCAAGGAGCGUGCCGUCAACAUGAUCUACAAACCUGGUCAACUCACCAAGGUGGUUACCGAGCAGAAGACUCGCUGUUCUCUCUGGCACUCUGUUGUCGCCAGCGAUGAUGACAUGGACGCCGACGCAGCAACCAACACUGGCCCUGCACUCAAGAUGGGUGUGCCAUAUGUGGAAUUGCCUGGUCCCCAGCUGAAGGAGGAUGAUUUCGCUGAUACAAUGGCGCCAUCAUGGGCUCCUCACUGUGGCCAAUGCGUAGCACGGGAUCUCAUCUGCUGCCAAGCCUUCAACAAGGACCACGGUGGCAAGUUGAAGGUGUGUGCCUUCUGCAGCAGGCUGAAGAUUAGGUGCGGCGGCAAAGGCUCAGAGGUUCCCACUGUGAAAGGGAAGUCUGCAACAUCUCGCCGGACCCGUUCUCAAUCUCGCCGUCAGCGCUUGCCGCCAGCUCAAAACAUUGCAACCCAACAUGUCGAACCAUCAGUGCCGUACACCACCACCACCACGCAGAAUGAGGAUGAGGUUCCUACUCGUCCAUCCACAUCCAUCCCUCCACCAACCUCUGCCUCUACUGACCGCGACAGCCUGUUGGCUUUGCAGGCUGAAGUUGCCACACUUCACACUGCAGUCGCCGCAUUGGAGGACCAGGUUGUCGCUGGUGACAAGCAGUGCAAAGAUGCCAACACCAGAUUGGCAGAACAAGAGGCGAGGUCUGCACUCCUCACCGAAAGAUUCAACGAGCUCCUCCGGAAGUUGCUGCCGGCAGCUACAUCUGCAACCACUGAGUGUGGUGCUGAGGCUACUGGUGAAUUGGCUGCUGGUGAAUUGGCUGCUGGCGAAUUGCUUGCCAGUGACUCCACCACUGAGGUGUCCAGCACAUCUGCCGACCCUGCCGGCAAAGCCACAGGUCAAUCGGCUGCUGUCCCAUUGACACACACUGCUGAGUCCUCCCAUGAAUCUGCUGCUGGUCCAGCAAACCUUGGUCAAGUCACUGAAGGGGCUCGACAGCAACACACCAAGCGGUUGGGACUAAUGCAGAACGACCUCGACGCUCAACACCAACCUAGAACGAACUUUAGAAUAUGGCAACAAAACCUCCAAACAUCCUCCCAUGCCUGGGAACACCUACUAAAGAACCUCAAUCCCAACACCUUUGACCUAGCCUGUAUACAAGAACCGUUCCUCAACCCCGUCAACCUCGCCAACGCAUCCAACCUCAAAUGCUACUGGGACGUACUCUACCCGACCACACACCACACCAACCAGGACCGCACUCAAGUAAUAAUACUCAUCAACAAGAAGAUAUCCAAGAACCAAUGGCACAUGAUCCCAAUACAAUCGGCGAAUGUCAUGGCACUAGAACUCACAGGCGAAUUUGGAAAGGUCCUCCCUCAAGGUAUCGCCACUCUGGAAGCAUCCGCCACCAAGAACCUCACCCAUCCCGACAAUGUUUUCUGCUCGGCCCAACUUCAACACACCUUUACUACGUGCACUGUAGAAUAUCACCUAAGGCCAGUAGUAACAGACCAUUUCCCUAUUAUAAGCUCGAUCGAUCUGAACCCAGACCGAAUAAAUGACAUCCCACGCCACAAUUACAGAGAAGCUGACUGGGACGUCAUCAACAAAGCAUUGUCCGAACAACUAAGAAGUAUUCCCCCACCAAUCGAGUUAACUUCAGGAGCCCAGUUCGAAGAGGCUCUGAGCAACCUAACAGAUGUCAUCGCAAAGGUAGUAGACUCCAAAGUCCCCAAAUCCAAACCCUCACCCUAUGCCAAGUGA